CCCCCCCAACCCCCCAAAAAGAAAAAAAAUCUCCUCCUCCAUCUUCUUCAAAUUCUUCGGCCAACUUCAACAAUUUUUCUGCGAAGCUGUGAAGAAGCCCUAGAAGAAUGGGAAGAGGGAAGAUUGUGAUUAAGAGGAUUGACGAUUCAACAAGCAGGCAAGUGACUUUCUCAAAGAGAAGAAAUGGAUUGCUCAAGAAAGCAAGAGAGCUUUCGAUUCUCUGCGACGCACAAGUUGGAGUCAUUGUGUUCUCCAGCACAGGCAAACUCUAUGAAUAUGGAAGCUCCAGCAUGAAAUCUACUAUUGAGCGCUACAACAAAGUAAAACUGGAACACCAUCAUCAUAUGAAUCCUGAAUCGGAAGUGAAGUUUUGGCAGAGAGAAGUGAUAGUAUUGAGGCAACAACUGCAACACUUGCAAGAAUGUCACAGGCAAUUGAUGGGUGCACAACUUUCUGGUUUGGGCAUUAACGAACUGCAAAAUUUGGAAAAUCAACUGGAGAUGAGUUUAAAGGGUGUCCGAAUAAAAAAGAAUCAAAUAUUAACUGAUGAGAUUAAAGAGCUGCAGCAAAAGGGAAAUCAAAUCCGUCAAGAAAAUGUACAACUCCAUAAAAGGAUAGACCUCGUUACCAAAGAAAAUGUAGAACUACAAAAGAUUCAUGAAGCGAGGAUUAUGAAUGAAGAAAAUGGGAAUUCCGAUCAAUCAUACAAUAUCAGUAACACAUAUGGUUUACAAGCACCAAACCUUCUGCAGUUGAACCAGCCACGACCUCAGUAUACUGAACUCGGAUUACAGCUUCUCUAGCAAUAACUCUUUGACAGCCUCGGAUUGUCAGACAGCAUGCUGCCAGCAACUUUUUUCUGCAAAACGAUCAAGUUUUCUGUGAGGGAGACGUUUCACUUCAGCAAGUUAGAACGGCAUCAAUAAUGUUUUCAUGGUAUGACAUGAUCCAUUGGCAAUUAUUCCUGUAAGGGUCAGCCGUAUUGCAUAUUGUUGUAAAUUUAUAUAUAAUAUAAGAACUCUAACCAGCUGCGUAUU